AUGGAGCUGAAACGUGCGGCCGAACGGAGGCGAACGGCCUGUGCGCAAUCCCCGGGCGGCUGCGCCCGCCUUGGCUCCGCUUCCCGCGAGCCUUUCUAUAUCCCGCCGGGUGUCCAGUUGCCUGGAAUGCUCUUGGCGUUGCCUGUGCGUUCCCGUUACCGAUUUAGCCUGGAAACCAACGACGCGGUCGUCAUCUCCGGGAGGAAGCUGGCCCGGCAGAUCCGGCAGGAAGCCCGGCACGAGGUGGAGCAGUGGGUGGCAGCCGGGAACAAGAGGCCUCAUCUGAGCGUCGUGCUUGUGGGCGAGAACCCGGCCAGUCACUCCUAUGUCCUCAACAAAACCAAGGCAGCAGCUGACGUAGGCAUCAGCAGCGAAACCAUCCUCAAGCCAGCGUCCGUCACGGAGGAGGAGCUCCUGGACCUCAUCAGCAGGCUAAAUAACGACACCAACGUGGAUGGCCUCUUGGUGCAGCUUCCUCUGCCUGAGCACAUCGACGAGCGCAGGAUUUGCAACGCCGUGACGCCGGACAAGGACGUCGACGGCUUCCACGUCAUCAACGUGGGGCGCAUGUGCCUGGACCAGGACUCCAUGCUGCCGGCCACCCCCUGGGGCGUGUGGGAGAUCAUCAAGAGGACGGGCAUCCCGACGCUGGGCAGGAACGUGGUGGUGGCCGGCAGGUCCAAGAACGUGGGGAUGCCCAUCGCCAUGCUGCUGCACACGGACGGCCGGCACGAGCGCCCGGGAGGUGACGCCACGGUGACGAUAUCCCACCGCUACACCGAGCAGCGGAAGCAGCACACGAUCCGUGCCGACAUCGUGGUGGCAGCAGCAGGCAUCCCCAACCUCAUCACCGCUGACAUGAUCAAAGAAGGAGCCGCGGUUAUCGACGUGGGCAUCACCAGGGUGCAGGAUCCCGUCACUGCCAAACCCAGGCUGGUCGGAGACGUGGAUUUUGAAGAGGUGAAGAAGAAGGCCAGCUUCAUCACGCCGGUGCCCGGCGGCGUGGGGCCCAUGACGGUGGCCAUGCUCAUGAAGAACACCAUCAUCGCUGCCAAGAAGCUGCUGCGGCCCAAAGAGCUCAAAGCGCUGAGCGCGUAA